GAAAAAAAUCAACCGAAGAUAGGCCACAGCAAACUCUCCACUCUCCACUCUCCAUUGGCUGACUGCGGCCUUGAAACCAUUUGGCGAAGUUCAGCAGCGCCAAUUUUGAAUGGCCACCGCUGCAGAUUUUUGCCGCCUCAAAUUCAUGCCGUCAUCUGUAAACUCACCAUUCCACCACCACCACCAGCACCAUGGCUUUGGCUUCAACUAUUCCAACAAGUAUGAAUUCAGCUACUCUGGUCGCCGUAGCUUCCGUGUCAACUGCCAGACUACCUCCGGCGUGGAGUCCAGCAGCAAAGUUUCCCAUUCCGACCUUCAAUUGGCUGCUCUUGUUGGGAAAGAUCGUCUCUCGAAGGUGCCGACUUCGAAUAUUAGGAAUUUCAGUAUAAUAGCGCAUAUCGACCAUGGGAAGUCGACGCUUGCGGACAAGUUGCUUCAGCUGACAGGGACUGUGGAGAGCCGAGAAAUGAAGGACCAGUUUCUGGAUAACAUGGAUUUGGAGAGAGAAAGAGGAAUCACUAUCAAGUUACAGGCUGCUCGGAUGCGUUUCACGUAUGAAAAUGAACCACAUUGCCUGAACCUCAUUGAUACUCCUGGUCAUGUUGACUUCUCUUAUGAGGUUUCACGUUCUCUUGCUGCCUGUGAGGGUGCUCUUCUGGUGGUAGAUGCAUCCCAGGGAGUUGAAGCUCAGACACUUGCUAAUGUCUACUUGGCUUUGGAAAACAACCUGGAAGUUAUACCAGUUUUGAACAAGAUAGAUCUUCCAGGAGCAGAACCAAAUCGUGUAUCCCAAGAGAUAGAAGAGGUUAUUGGUCUGGAUUGUAGCAAUGCAAUUUACUGCUCUGCAAAGGAAGGGAUUGGGAUCACUGAGAUCCUAAAUGCAAUUGUUCAAAGGAUACCCCCGCCUCAUGAUACUAAUGGUAGACCUUUGAGGGCUCUAAUUUUUGAUAGCUAUUAUGAUGCAUACCGCGGUGUUAUUGUAUAUUUCCGAGUUGUUGAUGGGACUAUCAAGAAAGGUGACAGGAUUAUUUUCAUGGCAAGCGGGAAGGAUUAUUUCGCUGAUGAAAUCGGAGUUUUGUCUCCUAGUCAAAUGCAAGUUGAAGAAUUGCGAGCUGGGGAGGUAGGAUAUUUGUCAGCUUCAAUAAAAUCAGUGGCAGAUGCUAGAGUUGGUGACACCAUUACACACUACACUAGAAGGGCAGAACAAUCACUACCUGGAUACAAGGAGGCUACUCCAAUGGUGUUCUGUGGCCUGUUUCCAGUUGAUGCUGACCAGUUUCCUGAGCUGCGUGAUGCAUUAGAAAAGCUCCAGCUUAAUGAUGCUGCUCUGAAGUUUGAGCCUGAGACUUCUAGUGCUAUGGGAUUUGGCUUUAGAUGUGGUUUUCUUGGUCUUCUUCACAUGGAAAUUGUUCAGGAAAGACUUGAGCGGGAAUACAAUUUAACAUUGAUCACUACAGCUCCAAGUGUUGUUUACAGAGUGAACACCAUAAAUGGUGAUACUGUUGAAUGUUCUAAUCCUUCCCUUCUACCUGAGCCCGGAAAAAGGAGUUCAAUUGAGGAGCCGUAUGUCAAGAUAGAGCUGCUCACUCCGAAAGAUUACAUUGGUCCACUCAUGGAGCUUGCUCAAGAUCGAAGAGGAGAGUUUAAAGAAAUGAAGUAUCUAACUGAAAGUCGAGCUUCCAUCAUCUAUGAAUUACCUCUAGCUGAGAUGGUAGGGGACUUUUUUGAUCAGCUUAAGUCAAGAAGUAAAGGUUAUGCAAGCAUGGAAUACUCUUUUAUAGGGUACAGGGAAAGUGAAUUGAUCAAGCUUGACAUUCUAAUCAAUGGUGAUUGUGUGGAACCUCUAGCAACUAUAGUGCAUAAGGAUAAGGCUUAUGCAGUAGGAAGGGCUUUGACUCAAAAGCUGAAGGAACUAAUACCCAGACAAAUGUUUAAAGUUCCCAUCCAGGCUUGUGUAGGCUCCAAAGUGAUUGCCAGUGAAUCUUUGUCUGCUAUCAGGAAGGAUGUUCUAGCUAAAUGCUAUGGUGGGGACAUCACAAGAAAAAAGAAGCUGCUAAGGAAACAGGCUGAAGGAAAGAGAAGGAUGAAGGCAAUUGGAAAAGUCGAUGUUCCUCAGGAAGCAUUCAUGGCUGUGUUAAAACUUGAAAAAGAGGUAUUGUAAAUGUAGUAUAGGGUGGGAAAUUGUACAAUAUUUACUGGCCCCAAGUGUACAAUGAAUCGAACGUAGAGGGAAGGGUUUGGCGUUUUAAGGUGCCAAAUCUCCUGGUAGAGUUGUUGGAUGGUAUGUGGAUGUCAUUUCAGUCAAGUUAUUGGGGGAAAAACUUGAAAGCAACAUAUUGGGUGACAUUGUUUUUGUAGUAUUAGUAAUUCAUAGUCAAUGUUAACUAAAAUACUUGGACA